CCGGUUGAUCUGCAUGUUCAUAUUUGUUGUUUUACUUCUGUUUUUGGGUUUGUUUGUUUUCUCAUCCAUAUUGAUAAAAGACAAUCGAUCACAGAGGAAGAAAGCGAAGAGAGGUAACCAUACUGGGUCACAACAACCAAACAAGAACAAAGAUAGAAUGCAAAGAAUGCCAAGACCGAAUCUGAAACCUACCUGUCUAGAUCUUCCCAGCCAGGGGGUAGCAUAUCCUCUCUCGGGGACAUGAG